AUGACUUAUACCUGGUCAUUGUAUUUCUCUAUUCUCACGCUUGCCCUAGGCACCACUCUCUUUGGAUUUUCAAUUGCGGAGUUAAACGCGCCUGAAAAGGCCAUCAGGAAUAACCUUGGCCUCAACGACGCCCAAUUAGGCGCUGCCAGUUCUGUCUUUGCGCUUGGGGGGCUCCUUGGAGCUCUCCUCGCGUCCCAGAUCUUGCAGUGGACCGGCCCCAAGAAAACGGUCUUCGUAACUUCGCUCCUUUAUAUCGCCGGAGGGCUUGUGAAGGCUGUCGCCCAGGAUGUCACUCUGUUAGUUUUGGGACGGUUGCUUUCCGGAGUAGCAGCGGGAGCUGUCACUGUUGUGGUCCCCCUCUUUAUCAACGACUUGGCCCCACCUGGCUCAAAGGGAAGGCUAGGGGCGACCACACAGGUUACAAUUAAUGUUGGAAUUCUGCUUACCCAAGUCCUUGGUGCAUUGUGCAAUGGGGAAAGUACAUGGAGAAUCGUAAUGCUCGUUGGGGCCGCCCUCGGGGCAGUUCAAGCAGUAAUGCUUAUCGGCGUAACGGAAUCUCCACAGACUUUAUAUAAGAAUGGAGACAAGGAACUUGCGAGAAAAACGUUGGCUAGGUUGAGAGGCACUGGUGAAAUCGAGGAAGAAUUUGAUACCUUUGGAUCUAGCGAAACUGGCAAUGAACAAACAUCGGAGAAUGACCCAUUACUCGAAGAAACACCUGCCAAAAAUACUGAAACUGGGCUUUUUGAUUUUGUCACAAAAAGGGAACAUCGUGCCUCCUUCGCCCUCGUUGUUAUGAUCAUGAUUGUUCAGCAGUUUACUGGCAUCAACGCGGUCGUGAUGUACGGGGUUGCUAUCUUAAGCAACAUGCUCCCACAGUAUGCGGGAGGGCUAAACGCGGGGAUUUCUGCCAUCAAUCUGAUCAUCACAAUCAGUGCUUCAAUGCUCUUCGACAUUGUUUCUCAUCGUUCCUUGCUCCUCACAUCGAUCGGGGGAAUGGCGUUUUUCUCGCUUGCUCUCGCCUGCGGACUGUACUUCCACUUUUCUGCCCUAUCUGCAAUCGGGGUUUUCUUCUUUGUGGGAUUUUUCAGCAUUGGGUUGGGUCCAUUGCCCUGGAUGGUUGCUUCCAACAACGUUCACAGAAACUCUCUUGGGUCUGCACAGUCAAUUGCACUUGUCGCGAAUUGGAUCGGUACAGGGGCAAUCAGCUUCGCCGUGCCUGUGAUGGCUUCUAUCGUGGGAAUGGACAUGGUUUUUUUCAUCUUUUCGGGGCUUGGUGGGCUUUCCCUGCUGUGGGGAUAUUUCUUCAUUCCUAGCAAUUAG